GAUCGUCACCGGCGGCGGCACCGGCAUCGGCAAGGCCAUCGCCGCCGACUUGCUGUCUCUAGAUUUAAACCUUUCAUCUAGAAAUUUGUGCUCUUUUCCCCACAACCAUAUGAGGAAAUGAUCUGGUCAUUCUUUGUGAAGAAAAAUAAGCAAAGUAUUGUCAGCUUGUACAGUUGCAGUGUUGUUAUUGCCUCUCGUAAAUUUGACCGAUUAAAAGCUGCUGCAGAAGAACUGAAUAAUACAUUUUCUUCCAUAAGUCCUGCCAGAGUGACUCCCAUACAGUGCAAUAUCCGCAAAGAAGAUGAGGUAGAAGCUUUGGUGAAGUCGACACUGAGUCUGCAUGGGAAGAUUGACUUCCUGGUGAAUAAUGGAGGGGGCCAGUUCGCCAGUCCUUCUGAAGCCAUCCGUGCCAAAGGCUGGAAUGCUGUGAUAGACACAAAUCUGACAGGGACCUUCUACUGCUGCAAAGCAGUGUACAAUGCCUGGAUGCAGGAACAUGGAGGAGUCAUUGUCAACAUUACUGCUGCCGUGAGAAAUGGGUUUCCUGGAAUGUCGCAUACAGGAGCUGCAAGAGCUGCAGUGAAUAAUCUAACCAAGACUUUAGCUUUAGAAUGGGCCCACAGUGGUGUAAGAAUCAACAGCGUUGCUCCUGGAAUAGUAUUUUCAGAAACUGCUGUUGCAAACUAUGGAGAACAAGGUACAAUGUUGUGGUUAAAGAGCAUACCAAAGGUUCCUGCCAAGAGGUCAGCGGUUCCUGAGGAGAUCUCUCCUGCAGUGUGUUUCCUGCUAUCUCCAGCUGCUUCUUACAUAACUGGGAUAACCAUGGUCGUGGAUGGUGGCCAAAGUUUAUAUAGCCAUACCCUAGAAAUACCUGAUCAUGACAGAUGGCCCUCACCACCAGAAGGAAGAAAUUCAGAAAUGCUUAAAAAGCUGCUUUCUGGCAAGUUCAAGCCAAAGCUGUAAAAGAAUGAGAUUUCACCUUAUUCCCAUUUGGACAGUUGCUGGUAAUUUUGCUUUGUGAUUUGGGCUUAUUCUCAGUAAUAUAACUUCUUUGCUCAUAUGUAAUUCCAUUGAGCACCUUGAAUUUUGUUAGUUUAGAUUUAAAACGUGAACGGCUGUACAUAGUAAAUUUCUUCUCUGUAAACACUCACUGCGCUGAAAACAUUCAGUCCCUUGGGAAGGGAAGGCAUAAAAGACAAAUUCUCCAUAUUUACAGGCAUUAAAUAAGUAAUGAAGAAUCUCAUUUAAGAGUGAAUAAUUUAAAAAAUACCGAUUUUUGAAGUGAAGGGGGCAGAGAGGGAAUGUUUUGGAAUCCUUCUAUUCCAGGUGAAUUUGGGAAGAAGGCAAUUUAAAUCUCUCUUAUCAUUAGUUGCAUCAGCAACCCUUAAGGUAGCUGUUAGCUUUACACUAUUUCUGUUCAGCCACACACUUGAGUGUUCAACAAUCUAAAGACUGAGUAGGUAUUUCUCUGAAGAGAAUGAAGAAUAAGGCAGAACACUGUUAAUGUUUCAAACUAAUACAGCAUAUGACACUGAGAAUUUUUUGAAUUGUUUGAGUUUGCAGAUAUAACAAUAUAAUGGAGCUCAGUUGGCUGAAACUUAUAUUUGAUAAUAGACUAAUCAGAUAAUGAACUUCUGCUUUCCAUCCCUGUAAGUUAAAGCUUUAUAGAUUCAACAAUUUAACAUGCAAAAGCUGUGGUGUAUAUUGCGGUGCUCUCUGCAGUAUGCUGUCCUGUUAAAGGAGAACCUUGGAAUCCUUUGUUUACCGGUUAAAACACUUUCUAUCCAUACUGUGUUGUCUUACAAUGUUAACACAAUUUUGUUCACCAGUGUCUCUAAAAUGGGUGUGACUUGUGAUCAAUGCAGAGAUUCCAUUUUAAAAACAGAAAUCUUGCAACAUAUUCCUUGAAGAGGCUAUAUUUGUCAUUACUCACUUUUUUAAAUUCACUUCCAGGCAAGUGUUCCCAUGGCUGAAAACUUUAAUCAAAAUAUGAAAAAUACGUGAUGACUGUGUUUGCUGUAACAACUGAAAUUUGUGGAAUCAAGUUGCUGCUAUAGAAGCAACCUCUUUAAUACUUACUUUUACAUUCAAUCCAAAAUGAUCUGCCAGUUGUUUGUUCUCUGCAAAGAUAUUUAACUUCUGUGUCUUUCAUUAAAACACAGGAACUUACAUAGGUACACGUAGAUUGCUUUUUCAUUAAAAUCUGAAUGCCGGUUUUGUGGGGGAGUUAGGGUUUGAGCCAAAAUGCUUUCUCCAUCUGAUAUAUCCUCUUUCCUUAGUAACUGGGUGGUUAUUUACGUGGUUGUGAGAAACUUGUACAGAGAUAAAAUCAGCUUUUUUCAAA